AUGGCUUUACAGGCAGCAGUUAAGGGAAAAUUAAUCAGCGUUAUUGGAGAUGAGGAUACUUGCGUCGGUUUUCUUCUUGGUGGUAUUGGCGAAAUCAACAAAAACAGGCACCCAAAUUUUAUGGUCGUAGACAAAAAUACACCAGUAAGCGAGAUUGAGGAGUGUUUCAAGAGAUUCGUCAAGCGCGACGACAUUGAUAUCAUUCUUAUCAACCAAAACAUCGCAGAGAUGGUUCGCCACGUCAUCGACUCUCACACCUCGCCAGUGCCAGCAGUACUCGAAAUACCCUCCAAGGAUCAUCCAUAUGAUGCCAGCAAGGAUUCAAUCUUACGUCGUGCUAAGGGCAUGUUCAAUCCAGAGGAUUUGUCUAUGUUUGGAGCUGAAAACUACAAUGCAUAA